AGCCACUAGUUAUGUUGGUGGCUGCUGUCGCUCUGAGAUGGGCAGUGGGGAUUAAAUUCUAUUUAUCAAAAACAAACCCUUUUUAUUUUUUUUUUUGGUUUUCCUUUUGAAGAGUCUAUAAAGCUGAUAAGAUGAUAAUGUUAAUGAUGUGGAAAUGUUUUGUAGUUGGAAAUAGCCAUUAAAUCUGCAUAUUUUCAACAUUCUUGACCUGGGUUUAGGGUUGAGUCUGGAUUGUCUUGCAUUUCUAUUGGUCUGAUGGUAUGAGUUAUAUGCUAUGGGAUUGUCUUUUAAGAAUUGGGUUGUGUUUGUAGAUGAGUGGAGAGUUGAAUAUCUUUCACAUACAACAAUACCUACAUGAUAAGCAGGUUAGGCUUCCUGGUUGCUGCUUCAAUUGCAGCCUAUGCAAUUAAGCAGAUUAAUGUCAAAAACUCGAGGUCACCGCCCUCUUUAACCAAGCCUUCAGAAAAUGGCAAAGCAACCUCUGAAAAACCUCAGAAUGAAAGGGAAGACGGAGAGCAGUUUACGUAUUCUAGUUAUGGCCUCAAAGAGGAGGAUAUUAUAUUGCAGGGAGAGGAGGAAGAGGAGAAAGAAGAGGUUAAAUUAAUGAGCAGUGUAAUAAAUUUGGCUCGGAGUAGUUCACCUGAGAUUGAAGAUGAUAUUUUACCUGAAUUUGAACGCCUUUUAUCGGGGGAUAUUGAUUUUGGAUUACCCAGUGACAAGUAUGAUACAGAAACCAUAUCAAAGAUUGAGAGAGAGAGAGUUUAUGAAACUGAGAUGGCAAACAAUGCAAGUGAACUGGAGCGACUACGCAAUCUAGUGAAGGAACUAGAGGAGAGGGAAGUGAAGCUCGAAGGUGAAUUGCUCGAGUACUAUGGUUUGAAGGAGCAGGAGUCGGACAUUACUGAGUUACAGAGGCAGCUCAAGAUUAAGACCGUAGAGAUUGACAUGCUGAAUAUUACCAUCAAUUCCUUGCAGGCCGAGAGGAAAAAGCUUCAGGAAGAGGUCUCUCGGGGAGCUGCUGCUAGGAGAGAACUUGAGGUGGCUAGGAAUAAGAUAAAGGAGCUGCAGAGACAGAUUCAGCUCGAAGCUAAUCAGACAAAAGGCCAGCUUUUGUUGCUCAAACAACAAGUGAGUGGUCUUCAGUCAAAGGAGGAAGAAGCCUUCAAGAAAGAUGCCCAAGUCGAGAAGCAGCUUAAAACUCUCAAAGAAUUAGAGGUGGGGGUUGUGGAGCUAAAGCGGAAGAACCGAGAGCUUCAGCAUGAAAAGAGAGAGCUGACUGUUAAGCUGGAUGCUGCUGAAGCCAGAGUAACAGCCCUUUCUAAUAUGACAGAGAGUGAAAUGGUUGCCAAGACGAGACAGGAGGUAAAUAAUUUAAGGCAUGCUAAUGAAGACCUUUCAAAACAAGUCGAAGGACUUCAGAUGAACAGGUUCAGUGAAGUGGAGGAGCUGGUGUAUCUUCGUUGGGUCAAUGCAUGCUUGAGGUAUGAGCUGCGGAAUUACCAAACACCUGCAGGAAAAGUAUCAGCUCGUGAUCUCAAUAAGAGUUUGAGUCCAAGAUCCCAAGAAAAGGCUAAACAGCUGAUGUUAGAAUAUGCAGGAUCAGAACGUGGCCAGGGGGACACAGAUGUUGAAAGCAACUUUUCUCAUCCAUCUUCUCCAGGAAGUGAGGAUUUUGACAAUGCUUCUAUAGACAGUUCUACAAGUAGAUACAGUAGUCUCAGUAGAAAGCCAAGUUUAAUCCAAAAACUGAAGAAAUGGGGAAAAAGCAAAGAUGACUCAAGUUCUCUUUUAUCCCCUUCUAGGUCCUUCAGUGGAAGCUCUAAACCAAGGGGUCCACUGGAAGCUCUGAUGUUAAGAAAUGCAGGUGAUAGUGUAGCCAUCACUUCAUUCGGGAAGGUGGAGCAGGAAGCUCCUGAAUCUCCAGAAUCUCCAAAUCUCCCACACAUUAGGACACGGGUUUCAUCUAGUGACUCGCUGAAUAAUGUCGCGUCAUCAUUUCAGGUGAUGUCAAAGUCGGUGGAAGGAGUUUUAGAUGAAAAGUACCCAGCAUAUAAAGAUCGGCAUAAGUUAGCUUUAGAGAGGGAGAAGCAAAUUAAGGAGAAAGCUGACCAAGCACGAGCAGCAAGGUUCAGUGACAAUUUGAGUGCAAGCAAUAAGUUUAGAGCCAAAGCAGGCGAGAGACCUGCAUAUUUACCACCAAAACUUGCUCAAAUAAAGGAGAAGGCAGUUAUUUCAGGAGAUUCAAGUGCUCAAUUAGGUGAUGAUAAAACAGUUGAUUCUCAAAUGGUGAGCAAGAUGAAAUUUGCACAUAUUGAGAAAAGACCUCCUAGGACUCCACGGCCACCUCCUAAACCAUCUGGGGGUGCUCCUGUUGGUUCAAAUACUAGUGCUCCAAGUGGAGUACCAGCCCCUCCACCCCGGCCACCACCUCCACCAGGUGCUCCACCGCCGCCACCCCCCCCUGGUGGACCACCUCGUCCGCCUCCUCCACCAGGAAGUCUACCAAGAGGUGCUGGGAGUGGUGACAAAGUUCACAGAGCUCCUGAACUGGUUGAAUUCUAUCAAUCAUUGAUGAAACGUGAGGCAAAGAAGGAUCCAUCAUCAUUGGUUUCUUCAACAUCCAAUGUGGCAGAUGCUAGGAGCAACAUGAUCGGGGAAAUUGAAAACAGAUCAUCAUUCCUAUUAGCUGUAAAAGCUGAUGUGGAAACUCAAGGUGAUUUUGUGCAGUCACUGGCAAGUGAAGUUCGAGCAGCUUCAUUUACCAACAUAGAAGAUUUGGUGACAUUCGUUAACUGGCUAGAUGAGGAACUCUCCUUCCUGGUUGAUGAACGAGCGGUCCUCAAGAACUUUGAUUGGCCUGAAGGGAAAGCAGAUGCACUGAGAGAGGCAGCCUUUGAAUAUCAGGAUCUGCUGAAGCUGGAGAAGCAAAUCUCCUCUUUUGCUGAUGAUCCCAAACUUUCCUGCGAAGCUGCUUUGAAGAAAAUGUACAAGUUGCUUGAAAAAGUGGAACAGAGUGUGUAUGCACUCUUGCGUACACGGGACAUGGCCGUUUCAAGAUAUCGAGAAUUUGGAAUUCCAGUUGAUUGGUUGCUAGAUACAGGAGUUGUCGGCAAGAUCAAGCUCUCAUCUGUACAAUUGGCAAGGAAAUACAUGAAGCGUGUAGCAUCAGAACUUGACGCAUUGAGUGGACCCGAGAAGGAGCCAAACAGAGAAUUUUUGCUUCUGCAAGGCGUUCGUUUUGCUUUCCGUGUUCAUCAGUUUGCGGGAGGCUUUGAUGCAGAGAGCAUGAAGGCUUUUGAAGAACUCAGGGGCCGUGUCCAUGCACAAACAGUUGAAGACAAUAAGUUGGAAGAAUGACGGCUUUAUUUGUUUUUCCUCCCUAAUAUAUACCCGAUUUUCAGUUGUAUAUUUCAUUGUCAUCUUUACAUAGGGAUGAAAACAUCUUUUUUGUUGGACAUUGUACAAUCAAAAAAAAAAAAAAAACAUAUACAGGGUUUAUUUCUUAAUCCAAGCUAAUCUCAAUGUGCUUACCAGAUCCAAAGACCAAGCAAAGAUGCAGGGGUUGGAAAUCUGUAGGUGUGACUCAAUAGCCAAACAAAGAGUUGUCAGAAUUAGUCUACAUGGUACAAUUUAUGUUUGGACCGUAUAUAGGCUUCGAAUUUAUGUCUUUUGUGCAGAAGAAACAGUGCGUAUAUGUUGUGCUCUAGGGAGAAAGGAACAGACGAGACUUCAAGUUUGAAUAGAUGCAAAUAAUUACACUAUUAUGUAUGGCAUUCUCAGUCCUGCGUCCAGUUUGUUUAAUUGCAGUGUAGGUAAGAGCCCUGAGGUGAUCGUCUUGAUCGUGUUCGAGACUUUGAUGUUCGAGACUUUGAUAAGCCGAUUUGUUUCUAUUUUUGUAGAAUUGAACUUUCUGCUAAUACAACUCAACUCACAAAGCCUCUCUGCUUA